GAUAUGAUCACAUACUUUCUGCUUUGCAUACGCAGGGAGCAGCGUGGGCUGAUGGAGUAGGAACUAGCCUGGGCGAUCUUUACGAGCUGAAAUCCUGCACAUCUCUGAAGGGUUUGUUUCUCUGCGGAGCUGUUAGAAACCUGCUUUAGGAGAACAAGUGAACCAAAGCCCCGGCCCCAAACGCACCAGACUGCUCCAUGAACUCGCCAUGCACCGAUUCCUCAUUGUUUUUGACAGAAACGUGCGUGUAACUUUAUCUGGAGGAACCGAGGAUUUCUGUAGUUGGGCUUGUAGUGGUUUAAACCUGAGGCACCAGUAGAGCCUUUUCCAGCAGGGAUGAGGGAGUGACAAGUCAGAGUCCCUGCGAGCGCACUUGGAAACUGCAAGCAGCUAACGCUCGCUGCCAGAGCCCCCGAUGGGACUAGAGCCAAGCUCCUGCGCUCCUUACGGGGAUGAAGGUAGAGCCAUGUUACCUGCUACCUAAGCUGGCUGUCGCUGAUGUGGUUUGUGGAUGUGGUCCUGUACCAGGCUUCGUGCACAGACUCUCAGCUCUGAUCCCGCCCGAGACGUUCUAGCAGCGGCAGACAGAGAUCCCCAGCUGUGGAGCGGGCUCCUCCGACCACCCUGCGACGGAGGGGCUGCAGCGCUGGAGAGUUACUAUGCAGCUUGGACUGUUUGUGGUGGUGGUUUUGCUAAGCUCCAUGGAUCUAACAGGCAGCAGCAAAGUGGUGAAGGGCAAGAGGCAAAGACGAAUUAGCACCGAGCUGAGUCAGGGCUGUGCCAGAGGCUGCGACCUGUGCUCCGAGUUCAAUGGGUGCCUGAGAUGCUCCCCCAAACUCUUCAUCCUUCUGGAGAGGAAUGAUAUCCGGCAAAUUGGGAUUUGCCUUCCAUCUUGUCCGCUGGGAUACUUUGGCCUUCGCAAUACAGACAUGAACAAGUGCAUCAAAUGCAAAAUUGAGAACUGUGAGUCCUGUUUCAGUCGAAACUUUUGCACAAAAUGUAAGGAAGGUUUGUAUUUGCACAAAGGGAGAUGCUACGUCACGUGCCCCGAAGGCUACUCUGCUGCCAACGGCACCAUGGAGUGCAGCAGUCCUGCACAAUGUGAAAUGAGUGAGUGGGGGCCCUGGGGGCCCUGCUCCAAGAAGAGGAAGCUCUGUGGCUUCAAGAAGGGCAACGAAGACCGAACGCGGCGGAUUCUGCAGGCUCCCUCCGGAGACGUGUCCCUGUGUCCUGCCACCACGGAGGUGCGGCGAUGCACGGUGCAGAAGAGCCAGUGCCCCGAAGGGAAAAGGAAGAAGAAGGAAGAGCAAGGAAAGCAAGAUAAUGCGAAUGGAAACAGGAAUAGGAAAGACACCAAAGACGCUAAGUCUGGCACCAAGAAGAGGAAGAGCAAACAGAGAGGGGCUGCGGUCCUCACCACGUCCGCUAGCCCUGCCCAGUAGCUGCCCCUUUAUGUCACCUGAUGGCAAGACUUCAUUGCUGCUAUGUAUAUGAAAGCUUUAUUGAACCAGAGCACUGCUACACAACACAUACACAUGUCCAGAAAGACAGACAUAUACUCCCCGACUGACCCACAGACCCAACAGAAACCACAUACACAAUGCAUAAGGAGGCUGCACACACCCACACCACCCAGGACCAUGGAGGUACGCUGCUGGGAAGAGGAGUGGGAGAACACACACGGAGGGAUGCUCAUCUCCCCAUGGCUCCACAGGCAUGCUGCAGGGAGAAGAGGUGCAGUAUGAGUCAGUGGAGGACCCAGAGACUUCAUGACCAAAGGCCUCAACUCGAGACCGGGUGCAUGGCCCCAGUGCAGCACGGCUGCAGCCACAGGGAUGAGACUGGACCCAUGUGGCCACUCUCCCCAGCCUGGGACCCCGACUCACACAAAGGCAGUGGCCUCUUUCUCUUCCCCCUACCCUUUAUUUUGUGUUUUAAGCUGUAUGACUUUAUCAUUGCGAAUACACGUUAAAUGGUUGUGGUAAGAGGUCAGUGGUAUCUGCCCCGAAUCUGCUUCAAAAGAGUUAUUUCAAAUUAAAAACAAACACAAAAAACCCCCAAAAAACACCCCAAAAUGACAACCAGCUUCCUGAGUGUGUGGUUCAUGCCUUGGCCCCUAUGGAGGCUGGUGUCCCACAGGACAGAGACUCACUUGUGGAAGGGAAACUCACCAAAGCUCUAACAACAGCCCAGAUUACGUUGCCAGCUGCACUGCAGCCACCCAUCAGCCAUCCUGUGCCUGCAGGACCCCAGCUGUGCUCCACGGAGCCCCUGAGGAAUUCCCCCACUGAUGGAUGCUGUUAACAUGCAGCAGCUUGAGGAAAGGGAAGGUUACAGCAGAUCGCAGGCUGUGGAAGCGCUGUGACUCCGCUCCUACCCUCACAGCAGCAGGACUCCAUCCCGGGCUAGGGACAACACUUGUCCGUCUGUCCGGACAUCACGCAGGCACGUAGCAGGAGGGAAAGCAGGCAGGAGGGGGAAAGCACAGUUUGGGCUCUGCAGAAGAGAAGCACACUGUUAGGUAUGGGAGGAACUCCUGGUCUGCAUGGCUGGAAUUCCCUGGAUUCAGCACAAAGGGCUCCUGCGCAGCAAGAGCCAACAACUGGGUCGAGGAACUGGGAUGAGGACCAUGCGGGAUGGAGGCUUAGUGAAACCUGUGUGCUUCUCUGCAUGGAGAGCUCUACCCUCAGCAGGGUCACAAGGUGGCAUCCUGCUCAGUUUCCUUUCUGCUGUAAAAUGUGCUUCCUCCAUGUAAAUGUGUGCAGCCAUUUCUUUCCUCUAGAGUUCCAAAAAGCCCUCUGGUCCUGAGGGAUGGAGCCGGGAUGUGCAUGGGGUGGAUCAGUGACGUGCUGCUGAAGCUCCUAGCUCCCCUGGUAAGGUGAUGGGCAGGGAAAAGCUCACCCCAAAGCUAAACCUGGUGAAUACAACCUCCGCUGUGCUUGUUCUCACACCACCUCCUCUGCUCUGUGGUUUGGGAGGGCAGAGUGAGCCAGUGAGCAUAUGGGGAUGCCUCUGGGAGAGCCCCCCUUGCUCCAAUGGGUUCCCUGCCUGCAUCCAGCAGGCCUGGUCCUCUCCUGUGAAGAGCUGGUGGUUCAUGGCACCCACUGAGGACUCAGCACUGGCGGAGGACACCUGCACUGUGCCCCCUUCACCCCGGCUGGUUCAGCUCAGUGCAGGACGUGGGAGCUGCACAGUUGUUCCCACUCCGGAGCUGUACCAAGCUCUCCGUGACUGCUCUGCUGGCAGCAAAACCUUUCAGCCCAUCAUCCACUUUGUGUUUAAGUAAACAAGAAGCCGUUAUAUCUUUUAAAGGGGAUUCCAUUUCAGCACAAUGAUAAACGACCAGCAUUCCAAGCAGAGAGAGAAAGAGGUUCUUAAAAGUCAUCCUUUCGAGUUGUUUAUGGAUCAUGUUCAAACGAUUCCUGAAAGCCUCCCAGCUGAAAGAUCCGAUCUCACUCGAUUCCUUAGGCUCAGCUAGCCUGUGAGAUGAGUAUUUUGUUUGUGCCAUGGUGUUGCAUGUAAGCAGAACCAUUUUUCCCUUCCGCUUUUUAGCAGCAAUAAUCAGUAACCCUUUCAUGAACCUCAGCUUGCUAAUUCAUAAACAACUCCUUCCUCCCUCCUGCUGCAGUAUCUCAGUCCAGUUCUCAACAAGGAUUAGGGGAAAGAGAGAGUGCAUUAGGAAGGUUUGAUACACAGAGGCUCUGUUAACCAACUGGAUUCCCUUCCGUAACACAUGGCAAUAUUAGCACAAUGAUUUCAAAACGAAACUACAUAUAACAGAUCAACACAACCUGUUCUAUAGAACUCUCUAGAGUUUUCUAGAUAAACUGACAAACUACUUUCUGUCGUGGCCUUUUCUCUUCUUUCUUCCCUUUUCAUAGCAAAAUGGGAAGAAAAAGGGCCAAAGGCAAAGGAAAGUUUAAAAUGCAUAUUAAGAACAGCCAAGAUUUUUUCAGUAUGGGUGAUAUUGAAAUUAAAUUGUUUUAGAAAAAUUAGGGAAAAAAAAUGAUUAAAAAUAAAUCCAAUUUCCUGGUAUUCAAUCAGCUCAAGAUUUGUGCUGGUUCACUUCUGAAUUUAGAAACAUUUUGCCUUUGACCAAUGUGAUUUGUGCACUGAGCUCAACAGUCCAAGCCAGAGACUUCCUUACAUAGGCUGGUGUCAUCUCAACUCACAUGCACACGAACGCUCUCUUUCAGCCCACCAAACAAGAUCUGUUGUGGUGUUCUCUCCAUGGCAUCACUGUAAAAUACGCUUCUUUGAACAAAUAAAUAAAUACAUGGGUUUGCUGAACAA